GGUAGGAGGCCACGAGGAAGACCCAGGACACGUUGGGAAGACUAUGUCUCCCGGCUGGCCUGGGAACGCCUCGGGAUCCCCCGGGAGGAGCUGGACGAAGUGGCUGGGGAGAGGGAAGUCUGGGCUUCCCUGCUUAGGCUGCUGCCCCCGCGACCCGACCUCGGAUAAGCGGAAGAAGAUGGAUGGAUGGAUGGGCAUACAUACAGUAAUUGUCAUUUAUUUUAUAUUAACUUUAGUUAAUUUGAUGUUUUAUUCUCUUAUCUAUUGCAGUCAUUUUAUCUUUUUAUUUUACUGAAUUUUUCAAAUAUUUGUACUUAUUUUAAAAAUAUUUAAUUUUAUUUUGCUUUGGUCAUUUUUUAUUUUUUUUCCAUUUAUUUUUGGUUAUUUUAUUAUUUUAAGCAUGACAGCCGCAGAGGCUGAUGUGUGUGGACAUGAGCACACACACACACACACACACACACACACACACACACACACACACACACACACACACACACACACACACACACACACACACACACACAGUCAGUCACAUGGAAGAACAGCGGGACAUGCAUAGAAAAAGUCUCCUCAUUAACUAAUGAGCGACCGCACACACACACACACACACACACACACACACACACUUACACACACACACACUGAUGAUCUCAUUCCACAAUCCACUUGUCCUCACCUCGCUGCUCUCUCCUCACACAGCUGUCAUCUCCCAUCGUUGUGGCGGUGAAGAAGGCUGCUGGUGGCUCGUCUCUCCUCCUCCCGAGGCUCCAGCAUGGAGGCGCUGGCACUUUUCUCCUUCGCCGCAUCACAAGACCAUCAGAUCAGCUUCCAGAAAGGAGACGUAGUCAAGGUGACAGAAAUGGAAGAGGAUUCUUGCUGGUUGACAGCUGAGGUGGAAGGCAGGCGAGGAUACGUGCCAGAGAAUUACAUUUCCCUUCUUCCUCAUCCGUGGUUUGCUGGUGGGCUGUCCAGACAACAGGCGGAGAGACGUCUGCUGUGGCAGGAGAGUGGUGCCUUCCUGGUGCGGGACAGUGAGUCUGCUCCUGGAGACUUCUCUGUCUCUGUCAGCUACGGCGACCGCGUGGAGCAUUUCCGUGUCCUGGAGGGUGGGGGCCAGUACUGCAUCUGGGACCACACCUUCUGCUCCCUCAACCGCCUGGUGGACUUCUACCGGACUCACAGCAUCGCUGCAGACAAGGUGGUGGUCCUCAGAGGGUCGCCCUCCGACACGCCCCCUCCCUCGGGGUCCCGGAACCCUUACCCCAACCCUUACAGGACCGCCUCCCUGGAGUCCCUCCACGGGCCACACCCCCUCAGAGAGUCCUCCUCCGUGCAGCUGCUGGAGCAGCUUUUAGGGAAACCCCACCUGGCGCACGCGCUGUGCGACUACGCCCCGCCUCACACCGCCCACCUGCACUUCCUGCGCGGUGACGUCAUCGACCUGCUGGACUGUUCCGGCUCGCGGUGCUGGAGAGGACGCUGCCGGGGCCGCGUGGGCGUCUUCCCGCCGCAGUGCGUGCAACCUCUCUACCACUGACCCACGGCUCCCCCUGGUGGACGUCUCCAAGCAAUACACAUCAUUUUCUACUCGGAUCAAGUCUUUUAUAGUUAAGUUAAAGGUUACAGAAACUUAACAUUUUAUGUACAAAAAUCUGAAGUCAUAGUUUAAGGUUUUUAAUCGAAAAAUGGGUUCUUCCGAAAAUUUUUUUUAAAACAUUUUCAUUCGUUUUUUUAAAAUCAAUUCUCAAAAAUGUAUGAAUCGAUUUAAAAUCGAAAAAUAAAUAAAAAUCCAUAGAAUUUUUUUUUUAGCACCCAUAACCUAGCAUUUUUGUUUACAUAACAUUUUGCUAAAAUGCUAGCAAUAAAAUAUUAGCGUGCUAACAUUACAAAGCUAACAUGGGGAAAAGUUAGCAUACUUGCAAGAUGGCGCCAAAUAUCAAAAUCCAUCGUUUUUAUGUUUACAGAUAAAACAGUUAGCUAAAAUGCUACCAAUAAAACAUUAGUUUGCUAAUGUUAAAAUGCUAACAUAGGAACGGUUAACAUACUUGGAAGAUGACGCCAAACAUCAAAAUCCAUCAUUUUUAUGUUUACAUAAAAUUUUGCUAAAAUGCUACCAACAAAACAUUAGCAUGCUAAUGUUAAAAAGCUAACAUGGGAACAGUUAGCAUACUUGCAAGAUGGCGCCAAAUUCAUCGUUUUUAUGAUUACAGAUAAAAAAAAAUUAGCAAAAAUUCUAGCAAUAAAACAUUAGCUUGCUAACAUUAAAAAGCUAACAUGGGAACAGUUAGCAUACUUACAAGAUGGCACCAAAUAUCAAAAUCCAUAAUUUUCAUGAUUAUAGAUUAAAUAUUUUUGCUAAAAUGCUAGCAAUAAAACAUUAGCUUGCUAACGUUAAAGUACGGACAUAGGAACAAUUAGCACACUUGCAAGAUGGCGCUAAAUAUUAAAAUCCAUCAUUUUUAUGUUGACAGGAAAAAACUUUAGCUAAAAUGCUAGCAAUAAAACAUUAGCUUGCUAACAUUAAAGUACUGACAUAGGAACAAUUAGCACACUUGCAAGAUGACGCUAAAUAUUAAAAUCCAUCAUUUUUAUGUUGACAGGAAAAAACUUUAGCUAAAAUGCUAGCAAUAAAACAUUAGCUUGCUUACGUUAAAAUGCUAACAUAGAAACAGUUGGCAUACUUACAAGAUGGCGACAAACAUCAAAAUCCAUAUUUUUUUUGUUUACAGGUACAAAAUUAUCUAAAAUAUAAGCAAUAUAACAUUAUCAUUAAAACUUCUAAUAUGAUAACUGUUAGCAUGCUAACGUUAAAAAUGCUAAUACAGGGGCAGUUAGCAUACUUCCAAUAUGUCACCAAGUAAUGACAUCCAUGGUAUGUAGGUUUAAAAGUACAAAAUUUGCUCAAAUGCUAGCGAUUUUAUUUUUUAGAAAUACGACAUUAGCAGUUAGCAUGCUAAUGUUAAAAUCCUAAAAUGAGAACAAUUAUCAUACUUGCAAGAUGGCGCCAAAUAUCAAAAUCCGUCAUUUUUAUGUUUACAAAAUUACCUAAAAUAUAAGCAAUAAAACAUUUUCAUGUUAACAUAAAAAAUGCUAGCAUGCUAACAGUUAGCGUGCUAACUUUAAUAAUGCUAAUACGGGAACAGUUAGCAUACUUACAAGAUAUCACCAAGUAAUGACGUCCAUGGUAUGUAGGUUUAAAAGUAUAGCAUUUGCUCAAAGGUUAGCGAUUGAUUUUUUUAGCAAUAGAACAUUAGCAGUUAGCAUGCUAACGUUAAAUCGCUAAUAUGGGAACAAUUAGAAUACUUGCAAAAUGUCGGCAAGUUAUGACAUCCAUGGUA